GUGUGUUAACAUUUCCCCAUCAACUGUUCCAAAUCCUGUUCAGAUGAAAGUCGACCCUGCAGCUUUUUAAGUGGCCUGCAUAAUCCCUGCCUAGAGAAAUUAUUCAGUGUUUUAACAUCAAUCAACUUUUAGCAUCAGUUAUAGAAUAAGUGGAUUAAGACAAUUUGACACAAAUAAAGAUGGAAGGUUCUAAGGAGUCAGACUUUAGCCACAUAGUGGACAACAUCUAUAUAGGCGCAGAAAGGGCAGUACACAGAACAGACCAGCUGAAACAAAAUAAUGUCACUCACAUCUUGACCAUCAACAAUGUUCCCCUACAUCGGAGCAUCACAGAAAGCUACAAGUACAAGUUUAUUUAUGGACUUGACCUUGAAUUCACUGACCUUCUCAGCCAUUUUGAAGAAUGUUUCCAUUUCAUAGAAGAUGCCACUGAGAGUGGAGGCAGUGUUCUGGUGCAUUGCCUUAUGGGGUGUUCCAGAAGUGCAACCAUUGCGAUUGCUUAUCUUAUGUAUAAAAACAAAAUAACUUAUGAAGAGGCCUUGGAAAUUGUGAAAAAUAAAAGACCAAUGGUGUGUCCCAAUGAAGGGUUCGUUUCUCAGCUGCUUUUGUUUGAGGAAAUGGGUUGUGCCAUGGACAGGACACAUGAGAAAUACAGGCAGUAUAGACUCAAGAAGCUGGCCGACAACUUACAGGGCUCCACUUCUGAAGAGAGACUUAAGCUGCAGGCCGAUUACUUUGAUACUGCUGAGGAACUCAAAAAAGAGGAUGUAGUGUUUAAAUGUCGUAAAUGUCGACAGGCCCUGUUCAAGCAGUCAGGGAUCAUGAAGCACUGUGUCGGAGAGGGAGAGGUUGCAUUCAGCUGGAGGGGGAAAGUGUCCACGGAGAAGACCGAAAAACCUAAUGACCCUGCGGUCUGUGAUUUAUCAUACUUCAUCGAGCCGGUCAGAUGGAUGGCAGGAUCCAUUCAGGAUCUUGAAGGAAAGCUGUCAUGUCCCAAAUGUAAUUGUAAAAUUGGCUCCUUCCUGUGGUAUGGGGAAAGGUGUCCGUGUGGUUCCUGGGUGGCACCCGCCUUCCACAUCCAGACCACCAAAGUGGAUAUGUGUAAACCCAGAGUUGUUCCAACUAGAUGAUAGAGUAACUCUAAAAUUAAUAUUGUCAUGUGCUAUGUGCACAUUAUAUGUUCUAGUAUUUAUUAUCUUUAAUUUGCAUGUGAGGGACUUACCCUCAUUCCUCACUCAAAAACAGAUACAGAACUAUAGUUAAUGUAUAUUGGUGUCAAAGUCCUUGUCACUUAUGAUGUUGCCUAUACAUUUGAAAGUAAAGAGUCAGAAGACAUAAUUUUAUGUUGUUCUGAUAAAAAAUCCUUUCAAACAUACAAACAAUUCAUGUAAAAUGGUUUAUUUUUAUUUUUGUGAUAAUUUUUUAUUUUCUGUCACUCUCAGAAUAACUCAUCAAAAGAUGAUUUAUACUUCAUUGUCUUAUCUUCCUAGUAAGUAAAUGUUAUUACAGUAGCAUUUAAUGUAUGUUUGUAAAAUAAAAUGAACUUAUAUAUUGUUAA